GGGAUGAUAUAAGUAAGCAGAAAUAAAAAGUGGGGAAAAAUGGACCUGAGAUGUCCGAAGUAAACGGAAAGCGGUCAGGACAGAAGGUGGAAUAAAUAAUACAUGAAUAACAUUCAUAACUAACCAGCUACCAAACGACCCCUUAGUCUAUGAGUGAAUACAACAAUUUCUUGCUUUUCGCUUCAUUCCAGUGAUGGUCUAAACAUUGAUAACAGAUUGCAGUAAGAUAUCUUCCGAAUUGAAUGUUGAGCACUAGUUUACUAUCAUGAACUCUAUCCUGGAUCGCGUAGCCAAAGAUUAUGGUAGACGGAACAGCUCAAGUGUGUAUAGUAGUGGGGAUGUCUUUGAGCCUUUGUCAAGUAGUAACGCUAAGCAACGGGCAAAAUUGGUAGAAUGGUUUAAUAGUGUUCUUCCUCACUUGAGUUUGCCAAUAAAUGCUUCUGAUGAGGAUUUACGAGCAUUGUUGAUUGAUGGUUCUGUCUUAUGCCAAUUAUUGAAUAAGUUGAAACCAGGUUCUGUACCUGAGUGUGGUGGUACAGUACACUCUCCAGAGCUACGUUCAGAAAAUAUUAGAAGGUUUUUGUCUGCUAUGGAUGAAAUGGGCUUGCCCAGGUUCCACGCAUCAGACUUGGAACAGGGUUCCAUGAAAAUAGUACUGGAAUGCCUUUUAACACUUCAGGCAGAAUUUAAGCUGAAUGAUGGAGGAUACAAUUCGAGCACAGUAUUAUCCAGUAAAUAUGGAGCUGAUGCAAGCAGAAGAUGGAAACUGUUGGGUGAAAAUUUGGGAUGUGGUGAUUUUUCAUACAUAGAAGAAUUUUCAUCAAGAACUCACUCUACCUCAUCCCUAGGAGAACGGAUGAAGACAGGAUCAGAUUCAAAAUUCCAGCGUGCGUUGAGAAGUCCUGUAGUGACAGAGCCAUCGGCCGCAUUAAUACAUCACGUUGGACAUAAGUUCCAUGAAGUAUUUCAGCUUAAACAAGGGAGCCACACUGAAAUUCCUGCUGCAAGGAUUUCGGAAAUGAUGAGAUCUAACAGUUUGGAUAUUGCCCCAACGCAGUCACUUCUAAGUGUUGUAAAUGGGAUUCUCGAUGAAAGCGUUGAGCGGAAGAAUGGAGAGAUACCUCAACGUGUAGCGUGCCUAUUGAGAAAAGUGGUGCAAGAAAUUGAGCGGCGGAUAUCUACUCAAGCUGAACAUCUUAGAACGCAAAGCAAUCUAUUCAAGUCUCGUGAAGAGAAAUACCAGUCAAGGAUCAGAAUCAUGGAACACCUUGCAACUGGAACUAGUGAAGAGACACAGAUUGUCAUGAACCAGCUUCAUCAGAUUAAGAAUGAGAAGAACAAAGCGGAAGAGAAGAAGAAAAUUGAGGAGCAGGAUGUGCCUAGAUUGAAAGAGAAGGACGAUCAAAUUGCCGCAUUGAAGCAAGAACUGGAAAUGGCUAAGAGGUCCUAUGAAUCGAAAGAGAACGAAGAUCAUGGACAAAAUAUCACAGCUUUGAAGAAAGAGCUGGAAAUAGUUAAGAAAUCAUAUGAAUCGAAAGAGAAGGAAGAUAAUAAAGAAAUUAUAGCUUUGAAGCAAGAAAUGGAAAUAGUUAAGAAAUCGUAUGAAUUGAAAGAGAACGAAGAUAAGAAAGAAAUCACAGCUUUGAAGCAAGAAAUGAAAAUAGUUAAGAAAUCGUAUGAAUUGAAAGGGAAGGAAGCUGAUAGUCAAGAAAUCACAGCUUUGAAGCAAGAACUGGAAAUAGUUAAGAAAUCGUAUGAAUCGAAAGAGAACGAAGAUAAUAAAGAAAUCACAGCUUUGAAGCAAGAAAUGGAAAUAGUUAAGAAAUCGUAUGAAUUGAAAGGGAAGGAAGCUGAUAGUCAAGAAAUCACAGCUUUGAAGCAAGAACUGGAAAUAGUUAAGAAAUCGUACGAAUCGAAAGAAAAGGAAGAACAUAGACAAGAAAUAGCAGCUUUGAAGCAAGAACUAGAAACAGUUAAGAACUCGUAUGAAUCGAACGAGAAGGAAGAUCAUAGGCGAGAAAUCGCAGAUUUGAAGCAAGAAAUGGAAAUAGCUAAAAUAUUGUAUGAACAACACACCCUAGAAAUGAAAGAAAAGGCUACAGAAGCUCAACAAGAACUUGAGGAGACGUUGAAGGAGGCCAUGAGCCUUUUGACAGAAUCAAGAAAUAGGAUAAAGGAACUUGAGACAUUUGCUCAAUCAAACUCUCACAGUUGGAAGAAGAAGGAGCAUAUUUACCAAAUAUUUGCAGACUACCAGCUGGGUGCACUGCGUGAACUGAAGUUUUCUUCUCAGUCAAUAAGGCAAGAAGUGGUGAAAACUCAGCAGAGCUACGUGGAGGAAUUCAAUCAACUAGGUGCAAUAGUGAGAGCACUUGGACAUGCAGCUGCAAACUACUCUGCACUCCUUGCUGAGAAUCGCAAACUGCACAAUGAGGUGCAGGAGCUAAAAGGAAAUAUCAGAGUAUAUUGUCGAAUUAGGCCAUUCCUUCGUGGACAAAAGGAAAAGCAAUCAGUUGUUGAAUACAUUGGAGAAAAUGGGGAGCUGAUUAUUGUAAAUCCUUCCAAACAAGGAAAGGAAGGCCGCAGGUCUUUCAAGUUUAAUAAGGUCUACAAUCCAGCUGCAACACAAGCUGAUGUAUAUUCAGAUAUUCAACCAUUAAUACAGUCCGUGCUUGAUGGAUAUAAUGUGUGUAUAUUUGCCUAUGGUCAGACUGGAUCAGGGAAAACAUACACCAUGACUGGCCCAGACAAAGCGACCGAGGAGAAUUGGGGUGUCAAUUAUCGAGCUUUAAAUGAUAUUUUCAGAAUUUCUCAAACGAGAGUGAACACCUUCACAUAUGAAAUUACAGUUCAAAUGAUGGAAAUAUAUAACGAACAAGUUCGUGACUUACUCUCAAGUGAUGGUUCACCAAGGAAAUAUCCUUUUAUUUACUGCAUGCCUAAUGGAUUAGCUGUUCCAGAAGCAAGCAUGCAUACAGUAAACAAGACCUCUGAUGUCUUAAAUUUGAUGGAUAUUGGAUUAAGAAAUCGAGCAAGAGGUUCCACUGCAAUGAAUGAAAGAAGUAGUCGGUCGCACAGUGUUGUCACUAUUCAUGUUCGUGGGAUGGAUAUUAAGAGUGGUUCAUCCAUGCGUAGUAGUCUUCAUUUGGUGGACCUUGCUGGAAGUGAAAGAGUCGACCGCUCUGAGGUGACUGGCGAUAGACUGAAAGAGGCGCAGCAUAUAAAUAAGUCAUUAUCUGCCCUAGGAGAUGUCAUUUAUGCUUUGGCACAAAAGAAUGCCCAUGUUCCAUACAGAAACAGCAAGCUGACUCAAGUCCUUCAGACUUCAUUAGGUGGUCAAGCAAAGACACUUAUGUUUGUACAGCUUAAUCCUGAAGUUGGUUCACAUUCAGAAACCACGAGCACAUUAAAAUUUGCUGAAAGAGCAUCUGGAGUAGAGCUAGGUGCUGCUCGAAGUAGUAAAGAGGGCAGGGAUGUAAGAGAUUUAAUGGAGCAGGUUGGAUCUCUCAAGGAAACGAUAUCUCAGAAAGACAAUGAGAUUGAGAAACUGCAGCUGAUCAAAGAUAAAAAAAUAUGCUAAUACUGGAGCCGACAGCGAGACAAAUAGUACUGAUUGAGGAAUCUGUGUUGAAAGCAAUCUUUUCCCUGAAGGAGCCAAAAAAAAAGCAGUGGACACAGAUAAAUAACUGAACAAUAUUGAGUAAAGAGUUUCAUUGGGUGGGAGUAGAGGAUCUUGCAGUUAAAUUAUUAUUGAUAGGUUUCUUGUUUUUCUACUAGUGAGUAAAGCUUGUAUGAAAUUUGUAACAUUCAAGUGUUGUAUUACUAGCCAUUCAUCUUGGGGUUAUGAUUUUGAAUUAACAAAGAUACGAAUUGACGUUUGAUAGGAUGUAUAAGAAUAAUGUUGAAUAAGGUGUAUUAGUAAUAAUGUUAGUAUUAG